GUGGCAUUCAAAUAAUUUGUUUAUUUUAAAUAGUAUAAACCAAAAUAAUGAGAUAUCUAGUAGCGUAGAUCUUAGUGCAAAAGAAUGUGCAAAAACAUUAGGUAUUUAUUGGAAGUGUUCAACUGAUUAUUUAUCAUUUUCUAUUAAUAUUACACCGCAAGAUAAAGUAACAAAGAGAUUUAUUUUGUCUACAAUUUCGCAAGUGUUUGAUCCUCUAGGUUUAGUAUCACCAUGCAUUGUUGAAGCAAAAAUAUUAAUGCAAAAAUUGUGGAUACAUAAAUGCUCUUGGGAUGAAAGGGUCCCAAAAGACAUAGAAAUUAUUUGGUCAGAGUUUAUACAGUUUCUACCACAGUUAAAUAAACUUGAAAUUCCUAGGUGCAUUAAAAACGACAAAACAAAUAAAACAGAAAUACAUAUAUUUACAGAUGCUUCGGAGAAGGCAUAUGGUACAUGCAUAUACGUAAGAAGUAUAGCUAGCGAUGAAUCAAUUGAUGUCCGUCUUUUGGCUUCCAAAAAUAAGAUAGCUCCAAUUAAAACCACCACCAUUCCACGACUUGAACUAUGUGGCGCGCUCUUAGGAGCACGACUAUUCAUGAAGCACUACACAGGUUUAUAGCACGUCGAGGUAAGCCGCAGACGCUGUUCUCGGACAACGGCACGACCUUUGUUGGAACUUUCCAUGAGCUCUCCAAACUUCUCACACAAUCAUCCUUGACUUCGGGUUUAGCUGAAAUAGGUAUCAACUUUUCAUUCAUACCUGCCUACACUCCUCACUUCGGUGGUUUAUGGGAGUCACUCGUGCGAUCCGUAAAACAUCAUCUUAGGCGCGUUUUGGACAUGACUCACUUAAACUAUGAAGAAAUGGCUACUCUUCUUAUUCAAAUAGAAGCCAUCCUAAAUUCUCGCCCCCUCACACCUCUAUCUGAUAAUCCAUCCGACUUAUAUCCCCUUACUCCUGCUCACUUCCUUGUUGGACGAUCUCUGAUCUGUUUGCCGCAUCCUGAUAUCGUCAAUCGCCGAGCUAGCUCUCUUCAGCGUUUCCAACGCAUCGAGCUACUCAAGCAACACUUCUGGAGUCGAUUUUCUAAUGAGUAUGUUGUAUGGCUCCAACAGAAAACCAAAUGGCACCGGUCCUAUGGCGAGCUGAAAGAGGGAAUGUUCGUCGUUAUCAAGGAGAAGACGUCUGCCCCCUUGAUGUGA